UUUAGGCUGCUAGCGCCAUGCAAGUUGUGAUUGAGUGAAAGAUGUCGGCUUGUAAAGGUGGAACAGUUCUUCACACUCGCUUUAAAACUAUGUGGAGUAAAGAAAUAUGCAGCUUGAUCCUCUGACGAGGAGAUAUGGUCAUGGCCGAUCGAGCCAAGGGGCAGAUCCGGGUUGGAUUUUACGAUAUAGAACGCACGAUCGGAAAAGGCAAUUUCGCUGUUGUGAAACUAGCGAAACACCGAAUCACCAAAACUGAGGUGGCCAUUAAAAUUAUUGACAAGACCCAGCUUGACGAAGCCAACUUGAAGAAGGUGUACCGUGAAGUUCAGAUCAUGAAGCUGUUAUCUCAUCCACACGUCAUCAAGCUGUACCAGGUGAUGGAGACUAAGAACAUGCUCUAUUUGGUGUCGGAAUAUGCGCCCAACGGGGAGAUUUUCGAUUACAUCGCCCAACAUGGUAGAAUGGCGGAGCCUGAAGCACGAACCAAAUUUUGGCAAAUUAUCUCAGCUGUGGAGUACUGUCAUAAUAGGAGGAUUGUACACAGAGACCUCAAGGCGGAAAAUCUUCUGUUGGAUGGCAACAUGAACAUCAAGAUUGCAGAUUUUGGUUUUGGUAAUUUCUUCAAAGCGGGUGAGCAGUUGGCGACCUGGUGUGGAAGUCCCCCCUAUGCAGCUCCAGAGGUGUUCGAGGGCAAAAAGUACCUUGGACCUCAAAUAGACAUCUGGAGCCUGGGGGUUGUGCUGUAUGUUCUGGUCUGCGGCACUCUGUGUGAUAUGUUCUGUAUGUUUGUGUUCCAGAGCCUGGGGGUUGUGCUGUAUGUUCUGGUCUGCGGAGCUCUGCCGCCGUUCGAUGGUCCAAACUUGCAGACAUUGCGGGACCGUGUGUUGUCAGGACGAUUCCGGAUCCCCUUCUUCAUGUCAACAGAGUGUGAGCAUCUGAUCCGGCGGAUGUUGGUGCUGGACCCAGCCAAGCGCUUCACAAUGGAACAAAUCAAGAACCACAGGUGGAUGCAGCUGGAUGGGGGGCAGCCCAAACAACCACCCCCUAGUCCCAUCAUCGGAUACAACGCCAAGGUUGGGGAGUUCAAUGAGCAGAUUCUCCGUAUCAUGCAGAGUCUCGGCAUUGACCAGAAGAAGACGAUGGAGGCUCUGCGAAAUGACUCGUACGACCAUUACACAGCAAUCUACUACCUUCUACUUGAUCGACUGAGACAUCAUCGCAGCAGUUACCCAACAGAGAACAGAAUCGAUGCCCGACGCCGUCGCCCAAGUACGAUUGCCGAACAAGCCAUGAUGAGGAGCAAGGCCCACCCAGGGAGCAUCCAUCGUCCGUCACUAGGCAGCGUCAAGCAAGGAGUGUUCAGCAGGACUACAGACUGUGCCAGUCCACCAGUUCAACCCCCGCAGUUGUUGGCCGUUAAACAUCCAACCUUAGACCUCGACAUUGUCCCUCCGACGAGCAUCCCGCACUGUUUACAUGAUGUCCUGCCACCACCUUUCUUGAAAACAAUGCAAUCUGUGGCGGGGCAUGUGAUCACGACGUCUAUUGAUGAAGGUGUCGAGGUGGACAUUUUAGAUAGAGACUCUCAGAGUGACUUGCAUCAUCGACAAUCUACAGACGGGAAUGUGAUGGCCCCCGCGCUCGUGCCCAGCUGUAUGUAUGGAGAUAUAAGCAAUCUACUCAGCAAUAACAGUAGCACGUCUCUCAAUGCGGCAGGAUCUUUACAGUCUCCCUUCGCAAGCUUUGAUUCCUCCCUAGAGGCUGAUGUCAAUUCUAGUCUCACUUCUUGUGUUCAGAGUAGUUUCAGUUCAUGUGCGUAUAAUGCAUCCAGCCCUAUGUAUUCUAGUGGAAGUAAUUGUAGUAAUGGUGUCCAUGGCAACCCGAGCCUACUGCAGGUGGGCACUCGGUGUAACAGUCCAUCGUCCACAAGCGUGGCGUCAAAUCCCGGUGAUACAAACAUUAACACGCAAGUGGCUGAUGAGCCAACUCAAGAUCGGAGUCAGACACGAUCUCCUGUGAAUUUCAGAGAAGGGAGGAGAGCGUCUGAUGGACUCGUAGCGCAAGGAAUAAUAGCAUUCCGACAGCGUUUGCGAGAAAGUAUGCGAGCAAAAGGUAUGGUGGAGCUGCGACAGGAGCAUCAGCAGCUUCAGAACAUGUUUCAGCAACAUAUCCCGGUGCCUCCCAAUCCCCAUCCCCUGCCCCAUCGCAAGCUGUCUGCUCCCCACCACCCGUCCUUCAGACAAUGGUCGCUUGAUGAGCAGCCCGUUCAUCCUCCAAGAAGACGUCCCCUGAUGAAGCGAAUGAGCCUGCCAUCAGAGAGUUUUGACAUCCAGCCUCAUCGCCUCCUGGCUCUUAAGCAGUCCAUGCAGGUCGAGCAGCAGAUGGACCGUGUGGGCAGCCAGGACAAUGUCCACCCUCAUGGAGGGGUUGGCGGAGGCUACGGGGGGAUGGAGUUCCACAUGACCAACAAGCCUCUUCAGCAUCAGCUGAUGCAGCAUCGACUGCAGCAGAAACGACAGACGUUUCAGAAACAUGGCCAGCUGAGCAAUCAGUUUCAGCAGCUCCACAUAGACCCACAGAACAUGCCGGUCAUCGACUUUGGGCACAGCGGACCUGGUCAGUCGGGUUUACAGAGCUAUCCAUACGCCGAGAAUCUCAUCUCCCAGCCUCAUCAAGACCUUGUCACCUCGACUGGCUUCUCUUCUCCCCUCCCUCCCAACCCUUUCGACACCCCCACCCCACUGGACGUCCCAACCCCCAAGCCACAAGAAAUUCUUACCCCCAUGAUUUCCCAGCCAAACACUUCACAAGGAUACUCCUCUACCGAGUCACAGUACCUUCCCUGGACUCCCCUCAAGCGAGCAGACGCGGCCAUAUUGGCUCAGUUGGAACAAGGGUCAGCAUUGAAAUCACAGGAGUCCAAGUCACCGUGGAUGAGAUACCAGGAGACUUCCGAACAGGGGUCACACUUGGGUCAUGACACGACCAUGACCUCCACGUCAUCUGAUCCUCCGGUUUCUAAAGCAGACUUUGACCAACAAUUCAAGGCAAUGCCUGCCCCAACUAUUCAUGAAUCAUCCAAAAUGUCCUUCUUUCACACGCAAAUGAAUAACAAUGAUAGCCCAAUCUACACAAGUCCUUCUUCACUUGGUGCAAGCACAGUCGUCGGGGGAACGUGGCAACGAUGGAAUGGAACAUGCAACCCAAGCCUACUUCGGUCCACUGACCGAAGAACACAUGGACCUGACCUGAUCUUCUCUCAACGAAUGGUGUCUUAGUGCUAUUUUGUGUUGGCAUGCAUGUUACAGUGUGUUUAGACAGAUUGCAAAUCAUAUCAUCCAGUGUUGUGCAACACUCGCUGCAACAUGGCAGGUGCAAAUAGUGGACGUCAGAGUGUGUUACUGGCCAUUCUGUUUUAUGGAUUUUCCCCUUUGAACAUUUACGUAGAGGGACAAGUUUUAAGUUUAUAUGAAGAAAGGCCGAGAGGAAAGAUGAGAUAAGGACAAUCAUUAUCUACACAAUCACUGUGGCCUUUAGUCGUGCCUGUGUCCAUUAAUCAGUUUUGCACCUAGGUGAAACAGGAAGUGCUAAAAUAGCUUCUCAGUGGAUGAGGAGACAUACUGAUGUUGCAUCACCAUGGUAACCACUGUUAAGAGAUGUGAAGUUUCUGGGGUUAAAGGUCCAUAAUGAGUUCUUAGAAUGAUUUAGUCCAAAAUCAGUUUUACAACCAAUUCAGAAUCAUUAUUAAGAGCUGGGCAUUCUAGGAAGGCUGCUGUUUGUGGACAAAUAGUGUUCGAGGGUCUAUCUUGCUAAAAAGACAAUAUCAUACCACAAAUGGCAGUUACAUUUCCUAAUUUGCAAUAUCUUUCUGAUUCUUGCUAUUGCAAAUAUAUCAUAUGUUUUACGGCUAAACUGGACAGAAGAACAGGAGGAUGGUUUAAUGUUCAGGUUGGCAAUAUUGCAUUUGUUUUAAUGUUAUAUACAUUUAACCUAUCAAUACAGGAAAAUAUCUAGAAGACCUAUUUUCAGAGAAUAAUUGUUUUACAAUUGUCCUGCCAAAGUGCACUUUUAUACCCCUGAAUCCAGUAAUGAAUUAUUUUCACUUAAAAGCAAAUCUUGGUCAUGGUUGUAGGACAGCAUUUCUGUUGCAUCAUGGGUUGUAGCUAAGGGAGGCUACUCUGGCCUGCAUAUUGUCAGAUGAUGGAAACAAGAUGACAGGCUGGUGUGGAUAGUGAGUGAUGAAAUCAGUCUGUUAUGCCUCCCCCAGCUGGCUGUGUUUGGGAGACAUGCUCCAUCACAAGAUAGUAGAAAAAACAGUUUCAUUGAUUUAUCACUGACAUUGUCCAUUACAUGAUAAUUGCUGCCAUGAUGAAAGUCGGAGAUUGUACAAAUAAGGAAAACUCAA